AUGAAGGCAAGUGAGUUGAAGCGGUCUCUUUGCAUUCAGCGCAGGACGGAGGAGGAGGACGUGCCAUUUUGGGAGGAAGAUGGAUACUCCGGCUACGCCGACGCCGUCGACACGGUCGACACGGUCGACACCGUUGACAUGGAGAGGGAAGAGAGGGAGCUCCAGCACCGCUCCGAGAUGCUGUUUUCGGAGAAGGAGAGGCGCCGCAACUCCAUGCCUGGGCUCACUGUGGCGCCACGCCGCCUCUCGGCCCCAGCAACGGCAAUGACAGCGCCCGCUCCAGGCAAUGACAGACUGAGGGCUUUCUCUUCGUCCUCGCCCCCGCCGAUCUCGAGCCCCAGCUUGGACACAGCCGCUUCGCGCGCGGCCCCCAUGGCCCCCGCAACCGCCUCAGCGCCCACCUCAGCGCCCGCCUCAGCGCCAGCAACGCCUGCAACGCCUGCGACGCCUGUGCCUCAAGUCGCAGUCUGCCGUUCGCGCCUCGUGAUUGGGGAAUCUGCCGUGCGCAGGUCCGAGGUGAAGGGGAAGGUUGAAAAGGCUGAGAUGGAUGUGUCCAGGGCCCAGCUGCUCUUGCGCCGGGAGCAGUGGUUGCAGGCCUUCAACUGCGUUUUGCCGCGCGUGCCGCGGUUCCACCCGGCUGCAGCCGCUGCAGUAGCAGCAGGAGCCAGUGAGCGCAUGCUGGUGGAGACCCUUCUGGUAUCGCUCCGAAGAUUCCGGGGAACUGCUCUCAAGGCUUGGCGCUGCGACUUCGACAAGCAUGGAGUAGGCUGGGUCAGCCAGGCGGAGUUUGCAAGGGCGUGCCGCUUCUUCGGGUGGCUGCCCCAAAGCCCAGAGAUCUUUUAUGUGAGUCGUUAUGGGCGACCCAGUGGGCUGGGGGCGCAUGUGAUGUCUUGCCUGGGGCGGCUCUUGCUGGAGCAGGCCCAGCGCCAGGAGCACACGGACCUGGAGAUUGCCGUGGGUCCCGAGGAUGCCAGCUGCACACUGGCGGCGCACCAGUCGGUCCUGGCGGCCCGCAGCCCCGUUCUGGCGGCGAUGUUCCGACACCGCUUCCAGGAAGGGGAGACUGCCAAGGUCAGGCUGGUGGACGUGGAUUUCCAGUGCUUCAAGGCUUACCUCCACCUCCUCUACACCGGCGAGCUGGAGGAGGGCAUGGACCUGGACCAAGUCUUAGAGGUGCUGAUCCUGGCGGACCGUUUCCAGUCCUCGGGCUUCGGAGAGGUCCUGGCUGGGCGCCUCAGGGACCUGGUGAGUUGGGACGAGACGGUGGGCAAGGUCAUGAAGCACUACGUCCGGCUCCCCGAGGACUCGGAGUACUCUGGGAGCCUCGUCUCCGUGAUGGGCGACCAGCUGAGCUUGCUGAGCUUCAGGGAGGCGCUGCGGCAGACGCACAGAGCGGUCCUGCGGCCGAUCGAGGAAGACACCUCUCGGCUCAAGGCCAUCGCUGCUCGAGGCCUGAUCUUCUCAAUGCUGGCCUUUCCGAUCAUGCGGGACAUUGCCGACGAGGCAGUCAACAAGAACAUCGUGUGCCUGCUUUCACGGAUCACGGACACCUUUAGCUCCCUUUGUGAGCUUCCGGAUGAGCCAUCAGCCAAGCUGGACCACGAAGAGGCUUCGAACUUGGAGCUCUUCGAGCAGGUGCUGUGGAUCCGCACGGGCUUUGACCUUUCCAGGGCCUGGGCAAUCCUGGACCCGAACAACCGUCAGGCCCUCACGCUGCCCGAAUUUGUGCGCGGGUGCCGGGAGCUGGGCUUCGAUGGCGAUGCGGUGUUGGGGCGCUCGGUGAACAGCAAGCACGCAGCGGCAGCGGUGCAAGCUCUGUUCCAGUUGCACCUUUCUUGCACCUUUCCUCAAGGAAUCUGCGAGGGCACCGGUCUGCCAUUUAUGGGGGCCAAAGAUGCCUUGGCAGCACAGAAGCUCCGCUCCUUGCUCCGGCGCCUCGACAAGGACCACUUCGGGACGGUGAGCCGGCCACAGUUUGAGUGGCUCCUCCGCAGCUACCUCCCGGCAGUCGAGACGGUGGGCAGAGAAGACCUGGAGCAUAUGUGGUCCACCUUCGCCAAGCGUGAGGACGGAGACAUCGAGUACGAGGACCUGAUUCAGUGGAUCCUGAAGCCCAGCACCCCGCUGUCGGUGACGGCACUGGGCGAGCUGGCAUUCUUUGAUUUGAAGGCAGCUUUGGAGCCCUUGUUCUGGGCCUAUGACCAAAAUCGUGAUGGUAUCAUCAGCUGGGAAGAGUUCAUGGAAGCCCAUGGGAUCCUGCAGAAUGCCCUUCGCCUGAACCCGCCCAAGGAGGGCGACAUCGACCCCGCGAUGCUCAAAGGGGACUUGCACCACUGUUACCUGACCAUUGGCUCCGAAGGCGACAGGCGGCUCACCUUCGCCAAGUUUAUCACAUGGCAGCGGGAUGCCCUGAUGUCCUCUUCUCUCGCUUCCGACGUCUUGGCGAAGACCCUGCACAGCGUGGCCAAGCAGCUUCAACGCGUUUUCAAGCUCUCUGAGACAGAGAAAAGAGGGCAGCUGACAGAGUCAGACAAGCAGGUUCUUGUCCGCAUCCUUCAGCACAUCGCCCAGUUCAGCCGGGAGCUCUGGGGGCAAUCCGCCUCGCAGUGGACUUCCGUGAUCGCUCACAGCUUCGCCAACAAGUGGACGGCACCGGUGGUGGGCAUGAACGUGCAGCACCUCCAGGAGGUCUUCUUGCACGAUUUCGAAGCCGGCCGCCUGAAGUUCAGCGCCCGAGUGGCCUCCAGGGAGUGGGAGAUCCUCUGCAUUCCAGCCAUCCCGGUCUUGAACCGGCCCCAAGCCUGGUUGGCCAAACUCCGGCUGACCACGCAGCUCACGGAUGGCCGCAGGCUACGCAGCAGCUGGCAGUUCUAUCGCUAUGCACAAGAGCUCUUCACCUGGCACCUCUUGACCGACGGGAAAGUCUUCGAGGUGGCCCUGGAGGGCCUGAGCCCUGAGCUGCAACUCUUCUGCUUGCUAAAGACCAUGGCCAACUUUGGCGUUCGCCUCACAUGGUCCAACUUGCAGAAGGCCUUAUCGCAGGCUGUGGAAAUGCACAGCAUCACAGAUGAGCAACGCCGCCUCUGCAACAGUGUCUUCGAGAAGCAGGUGGCCAAAGGGCUUGACGCCGAGGGCCUCUACUUCAGCAGAGAGCGCCUGGAGAGAGUGACCGCGUGCCUUGUGACCACACCCAGCCACGUGAUGGGCGUCUUCGCCGAGAUGGGUGCCUUUCCUGUGACCUCGGUUUGGGCGGACUUCCUGGACGCCUAG